CCAAAAAGUUCAUGCAACUUAUGAGUCUUCUCAUUGGCGAUAUUGAUAAACUCUGGAUCACCCUUAUCAUACAGAAAUUUCAGUUCUUUAAUUAUAUUGAUAAUAACGUCCUCCAGUCGGCUCGUCAUACUGACAGCAAAUACAUCUUGAAUUAUGCAAUGGGCUUCCUGGAAUCUAUGUCCUAUCAUUUACUCUUCGUAUAUGAGCGACACUGACAUCCUUCGACUUAUCCCCUCUUUUAUACGUAUCACAGAUUCAUAUAAAAGGUGGAGGUACAGUUCUGUGCGCUUCAAUAUGAACAUCUGCCAAAUCAUGGACGGACGCGGCAGAACUUUCCUCCUGCUCGAAAUAUUUUUCUGUCUCGUUGUCUUCGCUUCGACUGGGGAGAACAAGCAGAAUUGUUCUCAGGUACUGUGCCCAGGACCACUGACGUACUACGAGGAUGUGGAAUGCAUUCCUGUGUACAAGAACAAAGGGGAUUGUUGUGCCUACAAAUACAAUUGUGACCAUCUAAAUGCUAGAUCACGAAAUAAGUGUUAUAUAAAGCACAGAAGCUACGAAAUUGACGAACCUUACGGGUACGAUGAUAACAGCCCUUGUAAUCUUGCAUGUUACUGCGGCAAUGGAACUACUUCAGCACGCUUCGUUUGCGCAAUUGCCGACUGUUUCUUUCCCCCUGUUGACGACGGCUGUUACCUGGAUCGUAACGUUAGUCAAUGUUGUCCAGGAUCAGUAAUUUGUCCUAAAAAUGGAUCGAAGAUUCCAGAGUGCGUUGUGGAUGGUGUGACGUACAAGGGAGGAGAAUUCUUCAAACCAAAGAAUGAGCCACGAAAAAGAUGCUCGUGUCGGGAAGGCUAUACGGGUGAUAACGUUGAACCGUUCUGUAUAACAACGAGUAGCAGAUGCAGUACAGACAUAUAUUAUAAUGAAGACAUUGCCAAUAAAUGUGCCCCAAUAUAUGAGUCAGAUCAAAAUCCUGCUACCAGCUGUAGCCCAUCUUGGCGCUGCCAAAACGCGAACGAUACUGUAAUACCAAAUCCAAAUGGACCCACACCCCAUGAAGAAAACUGUUCUGGUGGAAAAGAUCUGACCUGCAAAUUUGGUAACCUGACCAUGAAUCUCGGGGACGAGCUUAAUCAAGGUACAGACUACACUUCGGUCUGCGUGAGAUGCGUCUGCGAAGUACCACCUACACCAACGUGUAAACGUCUUAAUGAUAAUGAAUGCAAUUCUGCAAAUAAUUCUCCGGCUUGAAAAUGACUUUGGAUAUACAUAUAUUACAGAGAGUUUUUGAAUGCUAUUUAAAGCUUGAGAAGUAAAGAGGAACUUUGAGUGAAUUUGUUAGCGAAAUUUGACGGAGCUACGAAUAUUUAUAUAUUUAUUAGAAGCCAAAAAACGAAGAAUAUUAAAACAUAAGCAAUAAAUAAAUAUACUGGUUCCUCUUGACAGAUUUGUUCUGGCAUGAGUGUGCAGGACUCGUCAUUGUA